GACGCAUUCGGGCCCACUCCUCAGAGAGCCAGUCACAGACGGCCAAGUAAGCGGUCCUCUCGUCUCAUCCGUGUCCCCCGGCACACGCCCAUACCGCAUCCGCGAUCUCAGAUCCGACGUCUGCGAACCCGUCGCCCUUCCUCACUCGCCAUCUCGGGUUUCUUCCCGUACCUUUUCUGAAUCCUCUCGCUUCCUCUUCCAAGAUCGCCAAGAAAUAUGAGCAAUCUUGAGCAAUUUGUUCUUUGUUUCCGUGAUUCUUGUCGCGCCUGUUCGUUCUCCGUUGGUAGCACCUGUGAAUCGAAGGCGUUGGGAGAGCCCGCUCCAUGUCACGGUUCUCCCACGACGAAGGUGCUUCUUGGAUUCAUUUCGGUUCUGUUCCUUCGAGUUGAUCCAAGCAUUACGAUUUCUUCGCGUUUCCUUUGGUUUUCCUGACAAAAGAAUGAGCGGCUUUCGACUUGCUUCCCAUGUUUCGUGGUGCGAGGACAACGAGAUGAACAAGAGUCUUCACCCGCUGUUCGAUUUUUUCUUCGACGAGGAUGAGCUCCGCGAGAUGGAAGAGAAGAACGAGUCCGAUCCAAAAGAGUGCGAGGACGCAACUCAUUUCCAAGGACGGUCACUCUGUUCUCGCACUCGAAUUCGACCUGACAGAGUAAAAGAGACAAUUCGUUUCCUUUCGAUCGAAUUCGCAGAAGAAAUCAAAGUAGAAUAUGUUCUUAUAAUGGAGAUAUCGAAAUGAGUACCGGUCGCAGGACAUGUAUCGAACACCUUGUUGACGCGUAAUAUCACAAAAACAAGAAUCGAUCAUUAGCCCUUCUGAUCACGGGAAACGACGACAGUGAUUGCAGCCGAGAGGUGUUGUGCGUAUAUCCUAAUUCCACAAGGAAUAAUUAAUUCCGAAACCCAGAGGAAAUCCGUAUCCGCCUCGGACUCGGGUUUCACUUCCAUAUAUACUCCUCGCUCUGUCCUCCUCGUCGAGUGUGUCUUCUCGCCUUCUCACUGUCUUCUCGGCCAUGGCCUUUGGCAAUGAUGGCUUUCUGGACGAGGAUGGUGAGACAUUGAUGGUUUCGGACAUGCCGUCCUGUCGGGAGCGCUCCCUGAAGCCGGCCGACCGCGUCGACGACGACGGCAACGUUGACGGGAGGUCCUGGCGGUGGGGCCGCUCACCGACGCCGGUGAUGGAUUCUGCCAACGAGUGCAAGGGCGGCAAGCCGAGGAAGAGGUUUAUAAUGAAGGGCGCGAACGAGGGCCCGCCGCAUUUCAGUGGCGGCCCCAUGGCGGCGUUCGGCGACGAAGGAUUGGAUAAGUCGGGGAACGUAGAGCUGUCGUUGAAGAAGAAGAGGAAGGGAACGCCGUCCACCAAGCAGGGAAAAGUGGGGAGUGGAUCAAGGAACACUAUAGCCAGAGGCGAAUUAGAGGCAGAAGAGGGUGAAGAAGAUGAUGAAAUUCAGCAACUAUUUAAUGGGGGAGGGAAAAAGAAGAAAAAUGAGAAGUCCCAUGCUGAAAUAUCUUUGCUUGUUGAACACGUUAUGGCUGAAUUAGAGGUGGUGACUGAGGAAGAUGCUGAGCUGAACAGGCAGAACAAACCAGCCAUUAACAAACUCAGGAAGCUGCCAUUACUUGUUGAGGCCCUCUCUAAGAAAACACUUCAGCAAGAUUUCUUGGAUCAUGGAGUAUUAUCUCUUCUGAAAAAUUGGCUUGAACCCUUGCCUGAUGGAAGUUUUCCGAAUAUGAAUGUCCGAACUGCCAUACUAAAAGUACUUUCCGAUUUUCCUAUUGAUCUAGAGCAGUGUGACAGAAGAGAACAACUAAAAAGAAGUGGUAUCGGGAAGGUGAUAAUGUUCUUAUCAAAAUCAGAUGAGGAAACAACUUCCAAUAGAAAACUUGCUAAAGAAUUGGUUGAUAGAUGGAGUCGAUCAAUAUUUAACAAGAGUACUAGAUUUGAGGAUAUGAGGACUUCUGAUGAAGAGAGAGAGCCAUACAGACAACUAUCUCAGAAGCACCUUACUAAAGCAAGGAGACUGGAAUCUCAAGAUAACUGGAUACGCUUGGAUCUGGAUGAACUUUCAAAUCUGCGAAGAACUGGACAGGCAGCAACCAGACAACAUGUUUCUGUCCCUGAAGCAUUGCCUCUAGAUUUUGUUGUGCGCCCUCGGUCUCUAGUUGAUCCUGAAGAAGUCAGAGCACAAGCGAAGCAAGUGAUGCAUGAUCAGCACCGGUUAAAGAUAAACAAGAAGUUGCGGCAGUUGAAAACAUCAAAAAUGAGGCAGCUUCAGGCAUUGAAACCGAGUAGCGAGGGGCGUGGCAUUGUCAUGUAUUUAUAGUUAGUGAUCAUAUGCGCGCGCGACAAGUUCUAAGAGCAUUUGAGCUGGUGGUCGACUGAGUGUACAAAACAUAAACAUUUUUCUGAGUAGUACUUCUCUCAUCCACAAUGAUGUAACAUAUCUUUUGAUAAAUAACUGAAAAUAAUUGAAGGUUGAAUGUUGGGAGAAUAGUUUCACCAAAUUCUUGUAUCCGAGUUUUUUUUUAAUUUUUUUUUAUCAGAACGAUGAUAUCGGUGAUUGUUCGAGUCGGAACGUUCUCCAGUUAAGGAUCAUCA